AUGCAUAUUAGAUUAGAUGCAACAACUGCGACCAACAGAAUAGUAUUGGAGAGAGGUGUGAAACAGGGAGACACCAUACCACCUAAACUGUGUACUCUAGCACAAGAAGAGGUAUUCAAAAAUCUGGAAUGGGACACCAAAGGCAUUAGCGUAGAUGGUAUCAGACUAAACCACCUCAGAUUUGCAGAUAAUAUAGUUCUAAUUGGUAAAAACAUCACAGAACUAGAUGAAAUGUUAAAUGAAUUACAUCUAUUAGCUGCAAAGAUAGAACUGAACAUAAACUUUAAUAAAACAAAAGAAGUGGGUAAAAUGAAAUGGCAAUGGGCUGGCUAUGUUGCUAGAGUGGAUAAAGACAGAGAAGUGGUUAAAUACAGCACAAAAGAGGGAGACAUGGAAAAGGAUGAGAGAGACCUAUAUCCAGGAGUAGAUGAAUCCGAUGUAAAAUUUGAAGAUUGGUGUAAUGAAAUAGUUUUGCAAUAA